CAUCCUGUCGGUAUAGGGGCCUCAUCGAUGGAAUGUCUGAGCUGUCCGUCAGUGCCAACAUGGCGGUUCGAGAGGGAGCCAUGGGGCUCGGCCGUUACUGGCUUUGGUUGCUAGCGACGCUGCAGGCGAUAUCUGCUUAUGGAGCAGAAUUAUCAUCAGAGGCUUGCAGAGAUCUUGGCUUUUCCAGCAACUUGCUGUGCAGUUCUUGUGACCUUCUUGGCCAAUUUGGCUUGAAUCAGUUGGAUCCAUUCUGCAGAAAGUGCUGCCAAGAAGAAGUUCAAUCUGAAAUUAGAAAGCUCUAUGCAGGAGCAAUCCUUGAAGUGUGUGGAUGAAAAUUGGGGAGGUUCCCUCAGGUUCAGGCUUUUGUCAAGAGUGACAAGCCCAAACUGUUCAGGGGACUGCAGAUUAAGUAUGUGCGUGGCUCUGAUCCUGUACUGAAGCUCUUGGACGACAGUGGGAACAUUGCCGAAGAACUGAGCAUCCUGAAAUGGAAUACAGAUAGCGUUGAAGAAUUCUUAAAUGAAAAGCUAGAACGUCUCUAAAUAUUUUUUCCCUUUUAAAAAGAAUUGAAAUCUGGAUUUCUCAUAUUACUUUUUAUCAUCCUAAUCUCCUCAAAGUGUGAUAAAUGCUGGAAAACAUCCCAAUGUCGGCAUUAAUUUAAAAGCUAUUCCGUAUUACGUGGAUAUUAAUUACAAGGAAUUUCAAGCAAAGCACAGUUUACAAAUCGGUAGGCUGAUCAAAUGACUGUCUAGUGUAUUUCAAUUCAGUUUUGUAGAUAGAGAUCCUUAAUGUUAGGUUUGAUACAAAUCUGAUGCAAAUUCUGAGCAUUUUUACAAUUUGAAUAUUUUUCAUAAAGGGAGCCUAUUUGUCAAUUUCUCUUAAUUAGGUGAAUGUUCUGUGCUUGCAUAUAAGUGUGCAUAUUAAUUAUACUGUCACUCAUUAUACAAUGAUGAGACCUUGGUACCAAAUUCGAUAUACUGUAUUCCAUCCAGCCCCACCCCCAAAUACUUGCUACUUUUCUUUGCAUUUUGUAUUUCCCGACUAUUCUUUUUUUUAUAACAGAGAAUAUUCAUAAUGGAUCCUCGCUUUUUUUUUAAAAAAAUGUGGUUUUGGAGGGACUAACGCUGUUGAAUGACUGGAAAACGCUAGGGGAUUGCACUUAAUGAUGACUACGUAGAAAGCCUUAAAGAAAGGCAUAUGUAUGUCUGAUGUCACGUGUACUUUCACUAAAUUAUUCUAUCAUCUUCAGCAGACAUGAGUUCAGUGAAGAGGAAAAUUAUUUGAGAGGGCAAUAAAUUACUUCACAAAAUA